AUGUCCGCCUUCCUCAUGCGCCGCGCUACUGCCGCUCCCCGGGCCGCCGUCCGGGCCUUCAGCACCACCCCGUCCCGCAACCUGGCCAAGAUCACCAUCAUUGGCCACCUCGCCGACACCCCCGAGCUGCAGGCCACCAGCACCGGCCACGAGAUCAUCAAGUACGCCGUCGCCAGCAACAGCGGCCCCAAGGACAACCGCCAGACCAGCUGGUUCCGCGUCGCGAGCUUCGAGGGCGAUGGCCCCCGCCGCGAUUUCCUCCGCAGCCUUCCCAAGGGAACCAUGGUCUACGUUGAGGGCGAUGCUACCAUGAGCACGUACCAAGAUGCCGAGGGGAACAACAGGAGCUCCCUGAACAUUGUUCAGCGGAACAUUGAGGUUCUCAAGCGACCCCAGACCACUGAGCAGUAA